AUGAGUGAUUCAUCAUCUUAUUUUGAUAUUUAAGGGAAAGGAAUUUGGGAAUAAUGCUAAAAUACGCUUAAUGAAGUAUAUAAGAUAUGAAGUUUUAGGAAGAUAUACUAUACAAAGGGAUAUUGCUAUUUCACAACAAGUCAACACAAUUUUGUUUGACUUAAUAUGAAUUGUUUCGAUUUAAAAAAAGUGGAGAAUUAAAAAAAAUAGAACUCUUAACAACUUCAAUUUCGCUAUUAAAUGAUAAUACAAUUUUAUUAUAAAAGAACCACAAAUAGGUAUUCUUAAAAUCAACUCCUUAAAAUAUCAAGUUGUGGUUUGAAUAGAUAAAAAAUAAGUGCAUACAAAAUAAUUUUAGAUUAGACUAUGAUAUAGGCGAGCUAAUUGGUCAAGGACAAUUUGCAAAUGUAUUUGCAUAUAUAUUAUAUUAGGUAUACAAGAUAACAAGUAAGAAAAAUAAUCAAAAUUAUGCAUUAAAAGUAUUCUAGAAGGUGGCUUUAAAGAAUCUAAAUGUAGAUAAUGUUUCCGUAGCUAAAGAAAUAUAAAUAAUGAGGUAACUUAAGCAUCCAGGUAUAAUCAAAAUUUAUGAGGUUUAUGAAGACAAAGAGUUUAUUUGUAUAGUUAUGGAAUUGAUGCAAUGUAUUUUUUAAUUUUAUCACUAAUUUUAGAUUCAAUGAAAUAGUAGAAAAAAAGACAUUCUGAACAUUAGUGUGCAUAAAUCAUGUUAUAAUUAUUUAUGGUAUUGUAAUAUGUACAUGAUCAUAAAAUAAUCCAUCGAGACAUUAAAGUACCUUUUUUUUUAUUAUUCUUUAAGCCAGACAAUAUAUUAUACAAGAAUCAAGACACAAUUUGUAUAUGUGAUUUUGGUCUUGCUGAUUUCUAUAAUCCAUUAUCUGUAUAUUAAUAUUAGAGAUGUGGCACUCCUGGUUAUGUAGCACCUGAAGUUUUAAGAGAUUUAAAAUAUGAUUUUAAAGUAGAUGUUUAUUCAGCUGGAAUCAUUUUAUAUACUCUUUUAGUAGGUAAGUAGCCAUUUGCUGCACAUUCAUAAAAUAAGGUUGUUUAACUUAAUUAUCAUGGAAAAAUUGAUUAUGCACAAGUCAAAGCAUCAGAUUUAUGUCUUUCUUUCUUAAAAUCAGUUUUAUCUCUAAAUCCAUAAACAAGACCUUCAGCUUAUGAGGUCUUACAUCAUGAAUGGUUUUUCAAAACAUUAGGUGAGUCAAAUUAUUUUUAAUUACUCAAUAAUAAUGGAUAACAAAUUUAACCUAUUUAAACCAUUUCAAAAGGUAUCAUUAAUCAAUUAUUUUAUAUCAUUUAGAAAUUUAAAAUUUCCAAGCCAUAUAAACUAUGAUGGAUGAAGAAUAAGAUGAAUCAAGCAAUAGCAAAAUUUAAAUAGAGAUUCCUUAACCUACCACUUAAUAUCGAAAUAAUAACAAUGGCUAUUAUUAGAGUUCUAUUCCAUUAUAAUAAUAGCCCUAAUAAUAAUUGUAAAUAGCUAUAGAUAAUAUAUAAGAGGCUAUUAAAUAAAUUAAAAUUAAGCAGUAAAUAAGAGAAUUAAAUUACUUGACUUAAACGCUUCAUAUAUAACAUAAAGAAAUGUCAGGUAUAGAUUGA